CCGGGUAUUAAAACAUGAACAGCGAUGGCGGUGUUAGUAGAGACUUCUGCUGGUGACGUCGUUAUCGACUUGUACACGGAGGAAAGACCUCGAACGUGUUUGAAUUUUGUAAAACUUUGCAAAGUGAAAUAUUACAAUUACUGUAUAUUUCAUAAUGUUCAGAGAAAUUUUAUUCUUCAGACGGGAGACCCAACCAAGACGGGCAGUGGAGGAGAAUCAGUGUUUAGGAGAUUAUAUGGGGAUCAGGCUCAAUAUUUUGAAAUGGAGAAACAGCCGAGACUGAAACACGACACGAUGGGGACAGUGUCUAUGGUGAACAAUGGCAGGGACAUGUGUGGCUCACAGUUCUUCAUCACUGCAUCCGACAACAUCGACUAUCUCGACGAUCAACAUUGCGUCUUUGGUCACGUCGUUGAGGGGAUCGACGUCAUAGAAAAAAUCAAUGCAUCAUACUGCGACGAUAACGGUCGACCAUACAAAGACAUAAGAAUUAAUCAUACUAUUGUACUGGACGAUCCAUUUGAUGAUCCAAAGGGAUUGGAGAUGCCCAGUCGGUCUCCAUCACCGACGGCUGAGCAACUGGCGUCAGAUCGAAUUGGUGCUGAUGAAGAAAUCGAUGAUAAGAAGGGUCUGACGAUGGAGCAAGUAGAAGAGAAGGUUGAGGCACAGGAAGCUCAAGCGAGCGCUCAGAUUCUAGAGAUGGUUGGUGAUCUUCCUGAUGCCGAUAUUAAGCCACCUGACGAUGUCUUGUUUGUGUGCAAGUUGAAUCCAGUCACGACAGAUGAUGACCUCGAGAUCAUAUUCAGUCGGUUUGGUGCGAUCAAAAGUUGUGAAGUCAUUCGAGAUCAGAAAAGCGGAGAGUCACUACAGUACGCAUUCAUUGAAUACGAAAAGGAAGAAGACUGCGAGGAAGCCUACUUCAAGAUGGACAACGUACUCAUCGACGAUCGACGCAUUCAUGUCGACUUCAGUCAAUCCGUAUCGAAACUCAGACAACAGCAGUCAUUACCAGGACGUGGCGAUACAAAGAAGGCAGAUUUGGCUGUGAAAGAGAAGUUUGAUAAGACGAAAGGCAGCAGUUACGGUCUCGUAUUUGACGAUUCUUCAAAGGAAUCCGACCGCCCAAGGAAGAGCAAACGAAAAUCGCGCAGCCCUGAGAGGCAAUCUUCCGGUCGUCGGCAUCAUGACCGACGACACAAUGAGUCGCAUCGGGGCGACAGGCGGCGUAGCGACUCUUCGCGCCACGACCGUCGCCAUAGAGACGAGUCAUCUGCCGAUCUAAGGCGUCGAUCACCGAAAAGAAGAAGUCGAAGCCGCUCACGGAGUCGAGAACGACGUCGCGAAAGGUCAAGAGACAGACGGCGAUGACGCUGUAAAUGCAUUACGAUUGUAGUAAUGCAAACGAUGCCUUUUAUUCUUACGUAAGUGUCGCAGCGUCCAAUGCUACUUCAGUUGAAAUAAACCGUCACCGUAGAAUUUCGUAA